AUGUGGGAGUUCCCUCAGGAGACAAAGAAUACAUUUUCAAUGUACGAUCCACAACAUGUGAACACCUCAACUCAAGAAAAGCGACAAUUUAACAAGAGUCUCAACUACAACAUGACUCAAGGUUUCAUCAAUCCGUAUGUGACUACUGAGCCCCAAUCCAUGCCUGGCUCAUCCACUGUCACCACUCAGCCAGAACUUCAGCUCAACGAUGAUUUUCUCAUUCACGACUUGUAUCGCAAUCCAAGUUUCCUACCAACCUCAGUACCACAAACAGUUGAUUCUCUUCAUCAGGUUAUUUCCAACAUUACAUCUCCAUUAUCGACGGCACCACAACCAAUACAAACAUAUGCUCCAAACCAUACUUAUAAUUAUCCUGAAUACAAUACUCUUGAAAGGGUUAAAGCCCAGCUCAGUGCAUUACAAUACUCAAGCACAAGCCGCAUUCAAGUAACGCCUUUUUGUGAAACCAACUUAUCGUCUUCUGUCACAAGGGAUGAUGAGGAAGAUCCAGUAGAUAUGUAUAUUGACUGGGGUAAAUAUGAAGAAGUGGAUAUUGAUGAACUUGAUCCAGUUGAAGCACUCUUGGCUUUAGGUUUUUGA